UUUUUUUUUUUUGUACUUUUAGGUCACACAACUCUCGGCAGUCCAAAAUACGGCUUCAGUACGCUGGAAUCGCGCAAAUCACGACAACGACAGCGUUUUGUGCGCAAAAGUUCGCUACCACUCGAAAGCGGUGGCAAUAGUAGCGGUGGCAGUAGUGGGCCAGGGAGCAGUGCAAGCGGUGGUAGCAGUGGCAGCGCUGGUGGCAAUAGUAGCACAUCCGUUGUCGGCACAAACGCUUUGCAUCACACUAGCAAUAUGGGCAUUUGUCGAGCUGAAACAUUUCCGGUAUUAUUGGAUUGCAGUCAAGGUUCCGGUAUUAUUUUAGGACCACAAACACCAUGCGGUCGUGCCAUAACAAUAGCACAGAUUAUGCCCGAUUCGGUGGCCGAUCGUAGUGGUUGCAUACAGAAAGGCGAUCGUAUUAUAGCCAUUAAUAAAAUGUACAAUUUGGAUGUACAGACAAUGCGGCAGUUGUUGUGUGAUAUUGUACCGCGUCAACAACAUUGCGCCGCAAAUUGGUUAGAGUUGGAAAUUGAGUUUGAUAUGGCAGAUUCUGUGGUGCCAUCUAGCGGUGUUUUUAAUGUGAAAUUAUUGCGUGCUGGUAAGGCCGGUUUAGGUAUUACUGUAAAUGGUGCUAGUCAUGGCGGUAUUGCAAUUGCAGAUGUUAAACCAGGUAGUCCAGCGCAUCGUAUAGGCACAUUACGUGCUGGCGAUAUUCUAUUAGCGGUAAAUAAUCAUCCAGUGCAACAUUUUAAUAUUGAUGCACUGCUUAAGGAUGGGUCUUGCAAUGAUUUCACCACAUUGACUGUUAAACGUGUGAUGUUGCCAGAUUUUUUGUUUGAUGCACAACAAAAGAUGCCAAAUCAUAUCUACAGCAAUUGUCCAGCCAGUUCUAAUGAACAUGAUUUAUAUAGUAGCGCCUAUGUGACUGGUGGAACCAAAUAUAACGAUUGCAUUUCUAUAAAAUCUACAACACCCCAGCCUGAGUUUUAUCGUGGAUCGAGUAUGGAUGAACCCGUACAAAUAAGACAUCACACGCAUCUAAAUACAAAUACGUGGAGUCCAAGUGCUGCUAUGGGACGCUCAUUUGCAGCACAAAACACACAGAGCUUAACUACUGAACUGCCAGAUGAGGACAAUAAUUUCACUGAUUAUGGAGGCUAUGAUUUGGAUCGCUAUGCAAGCGUUGAUUGCUCUGCACUGCCACCACCAAUGGAAAGCAAAGUUUAUGGCUCAGCUGCGAGUUCUAGUAGUAAAAGCAGCAAUACAGGAAAUCCACAUCAAGUUAUCUUCACAGUACGUCUCGAACCAAAAGGUGGAUUAUUGGGUAUUACACUGGCUGGUAGCGAAGAUAUUAGUAAACCCAUUACAAUAAGUGGAGUUAUAGAAGGUGGCAUAGCGUAUAAAAAUGGACAAAUAAAAACUGGUGACCAAUUGUUGGCUAUAAACGAUGACAUAGUGCAGGGCAUGCCACUCUCACAUGCCACUAGUAUUUUACAGAAUCUUGGUGAUUUUGUAACUUUAAAAAUUCUGCGUAGCUUGGAUUCGCAAAAUAAUUUUGGUACCAAUUUAGAUACAGCAAAUAUGCCACAGCCGCAAGCAAUUUAUGCCAAAGUGCAACGUAGACCGCGUAGUCCUUCAUCGACCACGGACACUACAUCCACAAGUGGCAAGGAUAACAAACAUCGAAUAUUUCAUGUUACUUUGUACAAAGACAAAGUAUACGAUGACUAUGGUUUCUCAGUAUCCGAUGGCUUGUAUGAACGAGGCGUUUUUAUAAAUCGUAUACGCACUGGUGGACCAGCGGAUCUGUGUGGUAUGCUAAAGCCUUUUGAUAGAAUUAUGCAAGUGAAUGAAAUGAAAACACAGGACUUCGAUUGUUGUCUGACAGUGCCUUUAAUUGCUGCUGCUGGUGACAAAAUUGAAAUGAUAAUACAACGUACGGAACCGUAAUAACUAAAUGAUUUUAUCGAGUGCCUUAAAUCUUAUUUGGUUUGGUAUUAAAUUGUAUACAAACAUAGUUUUUUUAUACAAAAUUUUUGUACCAAAAAAAGUUUUUUAAUUUAAGUUUAACUGUAAUCCAACUAAUUUAUGCCAAAUAUUACUCUGAAGUAAAUUAAAAUUAGUUUUAGUUUAAUUUAAAAACUGUAGCUAAUAAGUCGUUUUUGAUGUGUCAUAGA